GAGGAUCCUACUGCCCGCUUCUUACUAGAACUGAACUUAAAUCGACACCUCACAUCGUCAUCUUCCAUUUGAAUCUCGCACGAUGCCCUCAGAUAAAGAUCGUCUGUACAUCGCCCUAUAUGCCAGAGGAGGCGCACCGAAGAUGCCGGGUCUUGAGGACACGUAUCAUUGGGCGUACAUCAUAGGCCCCAAAUCGGAGUCAGUUAACAGCUAUGGGAGACGGUAUCAUGCUAAGGAGACGAUGACUCUCGAAGGCACGCCUCCAAUGCUGAAGUCGCGCUGGGUUUAUGAAACCCGUGAAACUACAAUGGCGCCUACGUCCAUGCUUCUGAUCCGGGUCGUUGUCGCCAAAAUCAAGGACAGGCAUCGGCUUCAGUCCAUUUUUGAGGGCACGCCUCUUCGACCAGAAGUCGAAGACUGGAACUGCGUCGGAUGGGCAAAGGAGGGAUUCGAGAGUGCACUCAGAGAUGGCAAUGUUCUUGGCACCUCCGCCGUUAGCUGGAAGUCGAUCCGUGACACAGCCAUGUGGUAUAUCGAAAAGAAAAAGACCGAGCAUCGGUUUGAUGGGACCGUGAAUUGUGACCCAACCAAGGCACCAACAUGGGACAUGUUGGAGAACAAAGAACUGUCACCAUAGCCAUGAAAGAACUGCCAAGAUUCAGAUAGUGGUUAUUUC